AAUGGAGACAUUGAUAUCGGAAUCUGUGGCAAAUCCGAAUGACCCAAGGAGAAAAGAACUGGAACAGAUGGAAAAUCAGAAGGCCAUGAUUGACCAGAAGGCCAAGGCUCUGGUUCGAGGAGAGUUAUAUUGUGGGUUGGGAUUUUUGGUGGCUCAAACACUUGGGUUCAUGAGACUCACCUUCUGGGAACUAAGCUGGGAUGUGAUGGAGCCCAUAUGCUUCUUUGUCACAUCACUUCACUUUGCCAUUGCCUAUGGCUUCUUCCUGAGAACAUCCACAGAACCUACCUUUGAAGGCUAUUUUCACCGGCGAUUCAAGUCUAAGCAAGAGAAACUCAUGAAAGUCCACAAUUUUGAUGUUGAUAAGUAUAACAACCUGCGCAAACUCUUUUACCCUGAAAGUUUGCCAAGCUUGGAUUGCUUUAAAUCUUCACGUCAAGAAGAAGGGAGAGCUUCUUUGCGCUGUGUAUAGAGUAAAUAGACCGGCAAAUGCCAGAAAAGUCAGCAAAAAUUUGAUUUUGACAAAGACUGUUAGUAAUUAAAAUGAACUUUUGAAUCGAAACAAUAAAUUUCGUUCAACUUUCCGAUUAAUUAGCCCAUCAAAGAUCUCGUUCACACCUUGUAAAUGAUAAAUUUCAUUAAAUAAUAUUUUUUUAGAAUA